AUGGCCAGAUUGGCCAAAGAUGCCCCGUUCAAACUUCAAAACCCUUACGCCAGCAAACGCCGCCUGGCCCAUCGCCAUCAGAGGCGCAGGAAGACAGAUCUGCCAUCGGAGAUGCAAAAGGAGGAUGACAUUGAUGAGAUGGAGGGUGAAGACUCCCCUCUCCUUGAGCCUACCAUCAACAGAACUCUCGCACAAGCUUCACCGAUGCAGAAGAAUCUCCUCGCACACGAUGAGCGUAUCCAGCGGACCAGACAACACAACGCUGCUUCAAAAUGCCCCGCCUGUUACCAACAGAAGUCUUCCACAAGCUCCACCGACGAAACGGAACCUCCACGCACGAGGGUCUCGAAAAAUCUGCCCCCACCCCAAGCCGACACGAUGCCAUUCGGCGGAAUUCUCGAGGACAAGUCCCUACCCCACGUCCCCGGAACGGUCAUUCUCAACGAAGAAGUCGCUCAUUCCGAAGGCCUCACCGGAACUCUGCGCCAUGGAAAAGGCAAAAAUGCACACGUCGUCCUAGUGCCGCAGCCCAGUGAUGACCCGAACGAUCCCCUGAACUGGUCCUUCUAUAAAAAGCUCUUCAUCAUGCUCACACUGGGUUUCGGCACCUGUCUAUGCGCGGCGACUAUCAGCCCGUUGCUGAACGCGGGUCUUUUUACCAUUUCUCUCGAGUUUGGGCGACCCAUAGGCGACAUUACUUUGUUAUCAGGAUACCAACUUUUGGUUGCCGGGUCCACAGCCCCUUUCAUCUCAGCUUUUUCGCGCAAGUAUGGGAAGCGGCCCUGCUUCCUGUUCUCGUCUCUCUUCGGGCUCAUUGGAUCCAUCAUCGGCUCCGUCUCGGACAGCUACGAUGGCCUCCUGGCCGCCCGGGUCGUGCAAGGCUUCUCGCUCGCGGCCUACGAAAGCCUGGUCGUAUCUACCAUCGGGGAUCUCUACUUUGUCCACGAGCGCGGCGUGUACAGUUCCUGCAUGCAGUUCCUGCUCGGAGGCGUGUCCAACUUCUCCAGCGUUAUUACGGGUCAGGUCACGGCGGAGCUGGGAUGGAAGUGGCUCUUCCACCUCCUGAUCAUCAUGCUCGGCCUGCAGACCGCCCUGCUCUUCCUCUUCUGCCCGGAGACAUCCUACAACCGGGACAAGCGGUACGAGAUCGAUACUACGGCGAGUGACGACCUCGGCGUCGAGAAGGCCGAGGUUGGACACGUCGAAGACAAAGCGAGUGAUCAAUCCGAGGAGACGGCGCAGCCCACGCUCCAGCCGAUUCCAGCCGGCCCCGUCCCGGCCAGGAAGACGUUCUGGCAGGAGCUGGCCGUCUUCACCGGCAGCUACUCGGACGAGAACCUGCUCCAGCUGGUGAUCGCCCCGUUUGCCGUGUGCCUCAACGUCGCCGUUCUCUGGGUGGUGGUGGUCUCCGGUUUUGUUACCUCCGCGUACGUCGCGCAGGCGUACGUGCUCGCGCAGAUCUUCUCCCAGCCGCCGUACCUGCUCACGCCAGCUGGCGUCGGCAACCUCUCGCUGGGCCCCUUCGUGGGCGGCAUCUUGGGUGCCAUCGCCAUCGCCCUCGUGCUGGACCCGAGCAUCAAGUGGCUCAGUGCGCGGAACCACGGCGUCUACGAGCCCGAGUACCGCCUUGCGAUCAUGGUCCUCGGCCUCGUCUGCGGCGGCGCCCUCAUGGCCUGGGGCGAGAUGCUCGACGACACGGUGAACCUGUACGCGUGCGCGGUCAUGCACGGCGUCGUCAUCUUCGGCGUCAUGGGUGUUGCCAUCGGCUCCGCCGCCUACGCCCUCGACGCCUACCGGGACAUGAGCAACGAGAUCUUCGUCUCUGGCAUCAUCCUCAAGAACUUCCUGUUCUACGCCUACUCGUAUUUCGUCAACGACUGGACCGCCGACGCGGGUCCGGCCGAGGUGUUCUUCGUCUUUGGCGGGGCUGUGAUCGCCCUGACCCUGACCACGAUCCCUCUCUACGUCUACGGUAAAAGGUAA